CGGGACUCUUACUUUGACUCUCGCACAUCUUCCUGUUGCUGAUUCUCCACGCCGAGCUACUGCACCGGGAAAAUGUCUCGAGUUUACGUGGGAAAAUUGAGCUAUCGCGCCAGGGAGAAAGAUGUAGAAAGGUUUUUUAAAGGCUAUGGGAAGAUCCUGGAAGUAGACCUGAAAAACGGGUAUGGCUUUGUGGAGUUCGAUGACCCCCGUGAUGCAGAUGACGCUGUGUGCGAUCUGAACGGUAAAGACCUCUGUGGGAAGAGAGUGAUCGUGGAGCACACCAUUGGACAGCGGCGUGACGGUGGCAGCAGACCUGGAAGAAGUAGUCGGUACGGUCGUGGAGGAGGAGGGGAAAGGUUCGGCCCACCCACUCGCACAGAUUACAGGCUGAUUGUGGAAAAUCUCUCCAGUCGCUGCAGCUGGCAGGACCUGAAGGACUACAUGCGUCAGGCUGGCGAGGUGACUUACGCAGACACUAACAAGGGCCGCAAGAACGAGGGGGUCAUCGAGUUCAGGCAGUACUCGGACAUGAAAAGAGCCCUGGAGAAACUGGACGGCACCGAGGUCAAUGGAAGGAAGAUUCGGCUGAUCGAGGACCGGCCCGGUGCCAGACGCCGCCGCUCCUACUCUCGCAGCGCCUCAAGGUCUCGCUCCAGGAGCAGGAGGUCUCGCAGGAGCCGAAGCCACAGCCGAACCAGUAGCCGCUCAAGAGCGUCAGGCUCGCGAUCACGCAGCAGGUCAACCAGCAAGAAGGCAAAGGGCAGGAGCAGUAGGAUGGAGGAGAGCAGUAAUGGAGCUCGCAGGGGAGGUGAAAGCGCCAGGGAUAAUAGCCUGAGCCCUAGCCCCCCGAGCAAAAAGGGCAAACGGGAGAACAAGAGGGCUCGCUCCUAUUCUAGAUCCCGAUCCAGGUCCCGAUCCAGAUCUCGAUCCAAAUCAGAGAACGACAGGGAUUUGUCCAGAGAGUCUGGGUCCAAAUCUCAGGAGGCAAACAAGAGCAAUGAUGAUGGCCGGGCGACUGAAAAGGCGCACCGCUCUAGAGCUCAUUCUCGAUCCAGAUCACAAACCCCACCAGAAGCUGAUCUGCAGAGGAAAUCUAGAUCCAGAUCCAAAUCCAAAUCUCGCUCCCAUUCACGCUCGCGAUCUUAUUCCCGAUCUCGAUCCCACUCAAGGUCACGGUCUUAAGCAAAAAAAUACAAAUUCCAAUUGGCUUUUCUUGUUUUUCAGUCUAACUAAACCUCUUUAAAACAAUAUAUCUUGUUUUUGUUUUUUUACCCCACUGACAAUUUUUGUCACUAAAUGGUGAGAUUUGUGCUAAUAAAAAAGACAAUUUGUGGUUGAGGUAAGAAAAUCUGAAUUCAAGAUCUAUUAUCUGAAAACAAGUCUGAAUGUGUUACUUUUUGUGAAAAGCAAAAUGGUGCAUCUUGUUUUUACUUUUUUUUUCUUCUUGAAAAUGACAAAAAUAGACUGAAAUUUGUCUAAAUGUUGUUCUGCCCUACAUUUUUCUCUUCUUUGAAGCAAAAUGCAUUUCUUUUUUUUUUUCUUUUCCUUUUUUUUUUUUUUUUUGUCAUAGUUUGUAGUAUUAGGGAAAUUGCUUGCAUAUUCACAUUUUAGUAUUUACUGGUAUUGUUAACCUUAUGCAUCAUUUUUAGUAGUGUUUUUAUUUUAAAAAUUGCUUGCGAUUCUAUUUUAUUCAUAAAGACGGUGUAAAAUCAAACCAACGGUAGAUGUCCUUUGCCUCUGCAUUGUAUAUUUAGAAAUGUACCAUAGUUGUUAAGCUGGGGCAGAGUUUAUGGUCUUUUUACAACAAAGUUCUCCAUACAAAAAUAAUAAACAACUGCCUCACAA